AAUUUUGAAUGCUUUAACAAUGUUUACAAAAUGAAUUGAUUGAGAAAUCGGAUAAAUAUAUUAAAUGUUGAAAUAAAUGAAACAUUUAUUAAAUUAAUUUGUAUUUAAGUGACAAAAAUAAUAGAGAAAUGGCAUUGAAUUACAUAAAAGGUGUUCAAAACAAGUCAUCAAUUGAUUUGAUAAGACAUUGGUAUCCAUUUGUUACUAAAUGUUUUGCGUCGACUAAUGUCCCGAAAGUGACCUCAAAUGACCUCAAGAUAUAUGAAGACAAAGCAGACAAACGCAUGAAAGAAAAAGUAUUGGACAGACAGACACAUACGGGACAGACCUUUGCUAAGGAUGACUAUCGUUUGGUCCGAUUUGUUGGCAAACAAAAAGAGAUUAAUCCUCGUUUUGCCAUCGAUUUGAUAGCCGAAGUACAGCCGAUAAGUGCGAAGAAUCGUUGGGUUAGUUGCGAUGGUGGCGGAGGACCGUUAGGUCAUCCAAAAGUAUUCAUUAAUUUGGAUGAUCCGGGAGAGUACGGCACUUGUGGUUAUUGUGGUCUUCGGUUUUAUAAAGACACUGAUUCGGGACAUUCACACCAUUAGUUUAGUGAUUAGUUUUACUCUUUAAUUAUAUGAUAGUUUGAUUUUAUUUAAUGUAUAUAUGAUAUUAAUUAAUAAAAAAAUAUUGAU